AUGUGCAAACAAUUGAAACUUAAUCAUCUCAUCUUUGCGGAUGAUCUUAUGAUAUUCUAUGAGGCUGAGAUAAAGUCAGUUACCAGGGUCAUGGAAGCAUUAUCACUAGCUACCAGGGUCAUGGAAGCAUUAUCACAUUUUAGUGGGGCCUCUAAGUUGGUGGAAAAUAUGGAAAAAUCUAACUUGUUCAUGGCUGGCAUAGAGGAUGAGGUAAAGAGCAAUUACUGUUCAGGACAGAUUAUCCAUGUUUUAAAGUAUAUUCUGUAUCAGCUCAUGCCCCAUGUUGAUUCAGCAAGCUUUUGGGGCAGUGUAUUCAUAUUGCCUCAAAGUUUAGUGAAAACAGUGGAUCAAAAAUGCAGAGAAUACUUAUGGGGUUUUACUGAAGGUCAGAGAAAAGUAUCACUAGUCUCAUGGGAUCAAGUUUGUAGGCCUAAGAAAUCAGGUGGCUUGAAUGUUAAAGGAUGCAAGAACUGGAAUAUCAAAUUGUGA